UGAGAAAGGGAAAGAGAGAGACGAAAAUGGAAGGAAAGAGAAAGAAGGAGAAUGCGGCAUGGUGUCCCGUGCUCGCGCACGCACGCGAAUAACGAACAAACGCACUCGGGUACGGAGAGAAAGGAGAGUUCGAGAAGGCGAGCCGGCCAUAUUUCGCGCGGGUUACACGCUACUCCGCGGGCGCGUGUGCAUCCGCAGCUCGUGGCCGUGUGUCUCUCUCUUCUCUCUUUCUCUUCCUCUUUUUAUCUUUCUCUCUCGCGUUUGUUACACGCGCGCGCCCGGUGACUCGUCUCGCCCGGUGAAGUCUCCCCCUUCAUCCGGGCGCUCCGAUUUUCUCGAACCUCUCGUUUUUCUCUCCGUCCGUCCCUCUCAUCCUCUCUUUCUCUCUCCUUCUCUCCCUCCCUACCUCCUUCAACCCCUCGCUCGCGCACGUCGUCCCACUCUUCGUCGUGACGGCGCGCACGCAUACUCUCUUCUUUUCUCUGCAUCUCGCGUUUAAUUUUUGUCAUCUGUACUUGUAUACCAAGCGCUUCACCUUAGCCGGUCUAUCUCGCGUCCAUUCGCUCCGCCGCACGCCGUUAUCUAUUUAUCUAGCAUAUCUGAGUUUCAAACGCGAACGUCCGUGAAUCGUUUAUCUCUCGCUCUCUCUUUCUCUCUCUCGUUCUAGCAAACGGCUAUCUAUCCAUUUCGCUCUCUUGUCUCUCUCGCGUGUGCGCGCGCGCGCGCGCGCACUCGUCUCUCUCUCUCUCUCUCUCUCUCAUUCUCUCCCCCUCCCUCCAACUGUCUUCCUCUCUUUCCCGUGGCCGCUCUUGACUACACGACGGCUCGUUCGCUCUCGGUACUAUGUCUACGUACUCUCGUACCCAGGAGAGCGACGCGUGGGCCCUACUGGCACUGAAGUCGGUGCCGAGCAGCACGUCGAAGAUGCAGUGGAAUCCGGAGUCGAGCGGGGCACCGAUCGCGCGGCUCGAGGCCCGCGAGUUCGAGUACAUGGUUAGGCAACGGCGCAUCACGAUCGGCCGCAACAGCAGCAAGGGUGAGGUCGACGUCAACAUGGGCCACUCCAGCUUUAUCUCGCGCCGGCACCUCGAGAUCUUCUAUGAGCACCCGUUCUUCUUCAUGGUAUGCAACGGCAAGAACGGCGUCUUCGUCGACGGGGUAUUCCAGCGCAAAGGCGCCCCGGUCUUUCAACUGCCAAAGACAUGCACAUUCAGAUUUCCAAGUACAACGAUAAGGCUGAUGUUCCAGUCGCUCGUCGACGAACAGGAGCAGAGUAACGUUCGCGUGCCCUCUCCGCCGAAGCAACGGGCACCACUGCCCCCCCUGCGAAUAAACAUCCCGGAUGCCGGAUAUAGCAGCAGCCCGUUUCCGUCACCCACUGGAACGAUAAGUGCUGCCAAUUCAUGUCCAGCAAGUCCGCGCGCUGGCCAGAGCAGGAGAAACAUCUCGGCGGACCUGCACAUGGUCGCGGCAUAUGCCGCUGCUGUGGCAAACGAUUCGCAGAAUUCUUCUCUAGAUAGGCACAAUGUAGAGAGGCAUGGAGACAGUGGACAAAGCUCCAGCAGGCAGAUAAGCCCAGAGCCUGGUGCGGACGCACGUUAUCGCGGUGGUAAUAGUUCAGGACCGAAUGGUACAGCGCCACAUUAUAGUCCGCCGAAGGAUGACUCGAAGCCACCGUAUUCCUACGCGCAACUGAUUGUCCAAGCAAUCGCCUCGGCGCAUGACAAACAACUCACUUUGUCGGGCAUCUAUUCCUACAUCACUAAGCACUAUCCAUACUACAGAACUGCAGAUAAAGGCUGGCAGAAUUCUAUACGACACAAUUUAUCAUUGAAUCGCUAUUUCAUCAAGGUGCCCAGAAGUCAGGAGGAACCAGGUAAAGGCUCCUUCUGGAAGAUAGAUCCCCAGUCGGAGACGAAGCUCAUCGAACAGGCAUUCAGACGAAGACGGCAGCGCGGUGUACCUUGUUUCCGUGCGCCCUUCGGGACUCUAUCGUCAAGAAGUGCCCCGGCUUCGCCAUCCCACGUAGGAAUCAGCGGAUUAAUCACACCUGAAUGCCUGAGCAGAGAGGCUUCCCCUGGUCCUGAGUCUUAUCCAGACAGCUCGGUGCCCUCUCCGGCUGGGCAGCUCGCGACAAGUCAGUCGGCGCCUGGCUCUCCUGGACAUCCGUACACAUCGUCUCAGACAACUCAUACUAAGGGACGUCUGAUGCAAACAGUCGUAACGAACGGUGUCAGUGGUGAUGCCGCAGGAAGAGAAGAGAAAUAUUUGGUGCCUGGGAACGCUGUAGAGGACCACUCUUUAUCUCCAGCUGGCCAGUACAGUCCAGCUCCUGUUAUUGUACAAACAACAUAUAAUUACAGUGGAAAUUUUAUCAGCCCCGAUGCUGGCAUUGGGGGGGUUAGCAAACGCACCCAUGAAGAAUCUGAUAGCUCGCCAGGUUCACCGGCCCCGCUCGCGAUCGUCGAGAGCCCCGAGCCUCCUGAACAUCAAUCAUCGCAAUCCAAACGUCAACGUAUUCACGAAAUGGAUGAUCAUUGAACUAAUAUACUUAGCAUCCUGUUACGUAGAACAUUACAUUUACAUUAUUUGCCUGUCGUCGAAAACACACCUACACACAUAUAUACACUGCAAAUUUCAUUUUAUUUUAACCGCAUAAUCCGCUUUAGACUGCACAUAAUCGUGAGAUCGAGCGUCAGUUCUAUAUUCUCGCGAGAAUCUGACGAGACACUGUUGUGUGUACGAAUCCGCAGAAGAAACUCACUUGAGUGAAAGAAAGAACGAUAAGCAGGAAGAUACUUUUCCUGUCCUUCUAAGCUUCAUGUUCUUACAACAUGAUUUUCUCAACAACAGUCAAUGUACAUAAGAUAUAUAUACUUUAUUAAAUGCUUUCUCUUUAUGACUUGUUAACUUCGGCAGAAGAUAUAGUAUAUAUAUAUGUAUAUGGAGCUUAUUUGAUUGAAGGUCAUCCAAAAUAGUAACAGCAACUGUUGCGCUGACACAUCAAAUUGCAAUAAUGUGAUGCGGUAACGUGCCAUUCAGCGUUUAGCCGAUAUAAUUAAAUAGACAGAAGAGGGCGAAACGAGAGUGUUAUCCAGUGUAAUCCAAAUCGUGCGGAGCAAAAAAAUGAAAAACGCGAUUUAUCUAUAGCUGAAUCCGCUGACCGACAUCUAUUUUACUCGCGUGUGAUUUCUUUUUGUUUUCAUAAUUAUCGCUUGCACCGGCUUGGCGUCGUCAUCGCGACUAAUGAGAAUUAACGAUAGGCAAGGUGAUAAGCGAGAAAGGUGAUAGAUUAUAUUAUUACAAUUAGCGCUCACAAGAUGCUUAAUCGAAGCGUUCUAUUCGAAGGCGAGAUAAGACAUGGAAUACUAUCGAUAUGACGAUGAGAGAAAGCCGAUAAAAAGAACGGGCGGACAAACGGACGAGCUUUUGCGUAGCGUUGGCGAUAUGGCUUAGAGAUUGUUACCAGAGCCAGAGGAAACAAAAAAAUAGAGUCUUAUAAUGUGUUUUACAUUACAUAAUUACUGUAUAAGGAUACAAUUUUAUGGUGUAAUGGAAUCUUAUUCGAGCUGAUCGAGAGCGGAUGUGCACGGGAACACAUUUGAUAUAAAGCAGCCUCUAGACGCAAUAAUAUUGCGCGAUACAAGAAUAGAAGAAUUUAGACGGAAUGCGAAAAUUCAACUUUAUUCAAUAUCGUACAAUAUUCCUCUAAAUUCAAAAUAAAAUAUAGCUUCUUGAUAAAUAAUAUUGCGCAAUAUUUAAAUAUUGUUCAAUGAUAUUGGCAUCUAAGGGCCGCUUUAUCAUGCGCAUAUCUUGCGGAUCCGGCGAGGAGGAGAGAGGAGGAAAGAAUAUCUUCUGUCGAGGAAUUCCCCCCCUCCCCCGAGUUCUCGUCGCCCUCCGAGCAAGUAUCGACGAUCGUUGCGUCGCCGCAACGGGAUGAUGAUUCAUCCAAUUUGAUCAUCUAUAAUAGUCUUGUCGUUUUAAUGCUGGAAGAAAUUGUUUUAGAUAAUAAUAAUAAUAAUAAUAAUAAUAAUAAUAAUAAAAAAACAAAGACAAAGAGAUAUGAUAAAAUGAAAAAAGAAGAUGAAAUUAGAAUGAGAUGUCGAGGGAAAGUAGCCGCGGUCGACGAUAAUGAUGCCAAACUCGAUCACCGAUUUCUCCUGCGAAUACUUUUUUCUCUCGUGCAAUCGUAGUUAAUCGUAAACUCGCCGAUCCCUCUAGAACAUCGGCGUUAGACAAGAUAAAAAUAAACACGAAAAAAAACAGGAAAAAUGACACACAGUAGCGUUAGACUUACGGUGAGGCGAGGAGGAGCAGAGGGAGCAGGACUGGACGUAGUAGUUGCGUUAUAAUGAAGGUCGGAAUGGAGCGUGGUGCAAUAAAGAGGCAAGGAGGAAAAAAAAAGAAAAGGGAAGGAAAAAAACGAAAUUUAUUUUUCGCACCUCUCGCGCGAGGCGAGGCGAGCGUAUGGCGUUCUAUCUGAAACGUUUAUUUUUCUAUUAGUCGGACGUACACGAGCACAACAAGAGGAAAGGGUGGUUUUCGGACGAUUUUGCCGGUAGUAGAGGACGGAUUACACGCUGUGUACAGUGUUGACACAUACGUGAUCGGCGACGAGCGACGUAUGUCACUAUUAUUAUACAUAUACGUACAUACGUGUGCGAGAUACGUGUACGCACGCAUCUCGUGCGUGUGUACGCGUGUGCACGAGAAAAAUCGAUAUGCGAAAAAGAAAAAAAAACAGGUACACGUGCGCGGCAUGUAUGCAUACGUAUGUACAUACAUGCAUACACACACACACACACACACUUUUCCUCGAUGUCACAAUGCGCAUGUAUGUGUGCAUAUGUAUAAUAAGGCAAUAAAAUUAAUACUACAUUA